CGGGAUGCUGGCGCUACGUCGUCGGGAGCUGCAACGCGCGCUGCGCGCGCCCGCCGUCCGCGCGCGUUGUCUGGCCACGGUCUCUAGAGAGGUCAAGGAAGACGCGGCGCUUACGCCCGCUACUGUGGGGCCGUACAUGUCCGAGCGGCUCGAGGAAUUCAAGCCUGAACGCAUCCGCAACUUUAGCAUCGUAGCGCAUAUCGACCACGGCAAAUCGACGCUCGCAGACCGCCUGCUCGAGUCCAGCGGCAAUAUCUCGCGCAAGGAGCGCGAGAGCGCCCAGUUCCUCGACAACUUGAAAGUGGAGAGGGAGCGCGGCAUCACCGUCAAGGCCCAGACGGCGUCCAUGGUGCACCGAGACCCCAAGACCGGCGAGACCUUCAUGCUCAACCUGGUGGACACUCCGGGGCACGUGGACUUCAGCUACGAGGUGAACCGGUCGCUGUCUGCCUGUGAAGGGGUGUUGCUACUGGUGGACUGCUCGCAGGGCAUCCAGGCACAGACGCUCGCGACGUACUACGCCGCAAAGGAGAGGAAUCUGCACGUGGUGCCGAUGCUGACCAAGAUCGACAUGCCCCACGCCGAGGUGGACGACAGCAUUUUGAGUCUGUCGUCGCUGCUGGACGUGGACCCGGAUGAGGUGCUGCUGACGUCGGCGAAGAGCGGGAAGGGCAUUCAGGACGUGCUUCCGGCUGUGGUGGACAGACUGCCGCCGCCUGUGGAGUGCGACCCCAAUGCACCAUUGAGGUGUCUGCUGGUGGACUCGUACUACGAUGACUACCGCGGAACAGUGUGCCUCGUGAAGGUGGUGGACGGCGCGAUUUUCCCUGGAGACAAGAUCUACAGUGCGCACCAGAAGACUAAGCACGACGUCCAGGAGACGGGUUUGUUGCUGCCCGGACGCUACAAGACCAAGGGGUUGUAUGCUGGUCAGGUCGGCUACAUCAUUGCAGGCAUGAAGUCCACUACGGAAGCAAAGGUUGGAGAUACGUUCUUCCGUGAAGGAGCUGCGUCGGCGGAUCUGAAGGCUCUUCCAGGCUUCCAGGAGGCUCGCAGCAUGGUGUUUGCGAGUAUGUACCCCACUGAUGACUGCAGCUUCGACGAGCUGCGAGUAGCUAUUGAGAAGCUGACGUUGAACGACGCUAGCGUCACGGCUCAGCAGGAAACCAGUGGUGCACUUGGUAUGGGAUUCCGCUGCGGUUUCCUGGGUCUGUUGCACAUGGAAGUUUUCCACCAGCGACUAUCGGACGAACAGGGUAUGCAGGUCAUGGUUACCGCGCCUAUGGUACCGUACACUGUGAUCGACCCGAAGGGUGAGAAGUUCACAGUGGAGACUCCUGGUGCGUUCCCUGAGUCGACCAAGUACUACGAAAUCUUGGAGCCGAUGGUGGAGGCCUCGAUCAUCACGCCAUCGUCGUACCUGGGACCAGUGCUGGCGCUGGCGAAGGAAAAACGUGGUGUGCAGACUAACCUCGUCUAUCUUGAGGACGAGCGCGUUAUCGUGACCAUCGAUGUGCCGUGGCAAGAGGUCGUCACCAACUUCUACAACGAGCUCAAGACGAUUUCGUCCGGCUACGCGACGCUGAACUACCGCGAGAUCGAGCCGCAGAAGUCGGACAUCGUGAAGGUGGACCUGUUGAUCAACGGAAAAGUUCUGGACGCGCUGUCCUUCGUAUGCCACCGCAGCAGAGCUACGCCGGACGGCCGCGCUCUGUGUCAGAAACUGAAGCGCGUUAUCGACCGACAGCAGUUCGAGAUUUCAAUCCAGGCUGCGCUUGGUGGCAAAAUCUUCGCCAAGGAGCGGAUUGCUCCGUACCGUAAGGAUGUGCUCAUCAAGUCCGGCAAGACCGUCGGUGGUGGAGAUAGCACGCGUAAGAAAAAGCUGUUGGCCAAGCAGAAGCAGGGUAAGCGCCGCAUGAGGACCGUGUCGAACGUGCAGCUCUCGCAGGAUGCUUUCUGGUCGGUGUUGUCCAAGUAA